AUGGCUGUGAGGGCUGAGUGCCUAAUGGCACUGGUGCUGACCAUGGUGCUGACCCAGGUCGUACCAACCCUGAGCGGUUGCCCUGGCGCCUGCCGUUGCUCCUUUGCCAUGCUGCAGUGCCUGGAGUACGAUGGAAUUGCCAGCAUACCAGCUCUGGCACCACAGGAGAGCGAAAACGUCACUGAAAUUUAUAUUGAGAAUCAAGUCAACCUGGAGAACAUCACAAAUAUUGACCUUGCCAACUACAAGGAACUAAAGAAUCUCACGGUAACCGAUUGUGGGCUGGUAUACAUCUCGGACAAUGCCUUCCAGGAUAACCUCAAGCUCCAGUAUGUGAACCUGGCUUCCAAUUUCUUGAGGGUUAUCAGCUGGAGGGUGUUUAAUACUGUUCCUCUACUGAACCUAGUUUUGAGGGGUAACCCGCUUGCCUGCUCUUGUGACAUAUACUGGCUCAAGCAGUGGAUGAAAAGUAAACGAGGGGACAUUGACGCCCAGCAGACCUGCCAGCUGAAUAACAAAACCACUCAUUAUGUUGAGACAUUUGUCAUGGAAAACUGCAGUGUUCCUGAGGUCUCAAUCCGCCCAGCCAGGCUAACCAUCAAAGAGGGGGGGGAUCUGACUUUUGAGUGCCAGGUGACAGGAGUGCCCACACCCAUCAUUAACUGGCGUACAGACCAACUCCAGUCGAACUGGACUAUGCAGAGACGGAUAUGGGGCUCUACCUUGGAGAUUGUCCUGCAUCUGUGGAAUGUCUCCUCUGGAGACAACUUGCACAACUUGACCUGCGAGGCUGAGAACAGAGCGGGGCCAGGAGAAGCUAUGGUGCAGCUAAACAUUGAAUUUGCCGUGAAAAUCCUGUUUCUUAGGGAGGCAGAGCAGCAGCACCAUUGGUGUUUCCCAUUUGCUGUGGAUGGCAAUCCUGCUCCGAGCAUCCGCUGGCUUUACAAUUACACUGAGCUCAACGAGACAAAUUACACCUAUACGCAACUCAUUCCAGAUGCUGAUGAUGGCUCAGUGCAGCAUGGAUGCCUUUUCCUUGACAAACCCACCCACCUAAACAAUGGCUUCUAUACCCUCAUUGUGAAGAAUAAGCAUGGUGCUGAUAAUGCCACAGCCACUGGCAAAUUCAUGGACAAUCCUUUUGACCCCUUGGAUCCAGAGGGUAUCAUCCCUGCAUUUCCAUCAAAUCAACCCAAAAAGGACGUCACUGAGAACCUGGAGAGCAGGGUCUUUGGGGUGUCUGUGGCUGUGGGUUUGGCCGUCUUUGCCUGUACCUUCCUCCUCAUCAUGGUUUUGGUCAUCAAUAAGUGCGGCCAACACUCCAAAUUUGGUAUUCACCGUUCAUCCGUUCUGGGCACAGAGGAUGACCUUGCUGUAUCACUCCGUUUCAUGAACUUUGGAGGCAGUCCUCCUUCCUCAGAUGAUGGCACCUUGGAUGCUGGACUGUCCAGUUUUGUGGAGAAUCCUCAGUAUUUCUGUGGCAUUAUCAAAGAUAAGGACAUGUGUGUGCAGCACAUUAAGAGGCAGGACAUUGUGCUGAAGUGGGAGCUGGGAGAGGGAGCCUUUGGAAAAGUUUAUCUGGCAGAAUGCGCCAACCUCUGUCCAGACACUGACAAGAUGCUGGUGGCCAUCAAGACUCUGAAGGAUGCCAAUGAGUCCACUCGGCAGGACUUCCAGCGUGAGGCAGAGCUUCUAACAGUACUACAGCAUGAGCAUAUUGUGCGUUUCUAUGGUGUCUGCACUGAUGGAGAACCACUGGCCAUGGUGUUUGAGUACAUGAAACAUGGUGACCUCAACCGCUUCCUCAGGGCUCAUGGUCCAGAUGCACGGAUCCUGGAUGAGAUGAAGAUGCCACCUAUGGGUCAGCUCACUCUGCCUCAGAUGCUCCACAUCGCAGCCCAGAUUGCCUCAGGCAUGGUCUACUUGGCUUCACUCCACUUUGUGCACAGAGACCUGGCCACAAGGAACUGUUUGGUCGGAGAAGGCCUUGUGGUGAAGAUUGGUGACUUUGGAAUGUCAAGAGACAUCUACAGUACAGACUACUACAGGGUUGGUGGCCGGACCAUGCUGCCCAUUCGCUGGAUGCCACCAGAAAGCAUCAUGUACAGGAAGUUCACCACAGAGAGUGAUAUCUGGAGUUUUGGUGUGGUGCUCUGGGAAAUAUUCACCUAUGGCAAACAGCCCUGGUACCAACUCUCCAAUAGUGAGGCAAUAGAGUGCAUUACGCAAGGUCGGGAGCUGGAGCGACCGCGCACCUGUCCGAAAGAGGUACACCUGCUGAUGCAAGGCUGCUGGCAGCGGGAACCUCAGCAGAGGCUUGUCAUAAAGGACAUCUACAAUCGCCUGGUAGCCCUCGUCAAGAACCCUCCGGUUUACUUGGACAUCCUGGAGUAGUGCCAGCCUGUUUGAGGAGUGGCC